AUGCACUGCUUAAAAGUGAUAAGAAACUUUUCUUUAUGGUCUUCAGUUCCUCUUGGUUCAUUAGAUCCUAUGUCUGGAAUAGUCGCACAAUUCAAUGCAGAUAAUUGCCCCUAAAAAGUCAAUUUAGGAGUUAAUACUUAUAGAGAUAACAAUGGAAACCCUGUAGUCCUGGAAUCUGUUAUAAAAGUAAUAUUAUUCUUCAAUUAGGCUAUGUAAAUAAUCAGAGAAAAAAAUUUAGAUAACGAAUAUCCACCAAUAGAAGGACUCUAAUCUUUCAUUGAUGCUGCAAUUAAACUUGGAUAUGGUGACAAGUACUAUGAAAAAAAUAGUAAAAACAUUGCUGGAUGUUAAGUACUGAGUGGAACAGGGGCCAUUAGAUUAGGGUUUGAAUUAUUAAAUAAGUUCGUCCCUCCAGAAACAAAAGUUUUAGUUCCAAUCCCAACAUAAACUCUUCAUCCUACUAUCGCUAAGAUGGCAGGAUUAUAAUCCUAAGAGUAUCGAUAUUUUGAUCCAACUACAAGAUAAGUCGAUUUCUAAGGACUUUUUCAAGAUUUAUAUACUGCUCCAAAUGGAUCAAUUGUAUUAUUCCAUGCUUGUUCUCACAAUCCUACUGGAUGUGAUCUAGAACUACAUUAGUGGGAAUAAUUAUUGGAUUUAACAAAAAAAAAAGACUUACUCCCAUUUUUUGAUAUGACUUACUAAGGAUUUACAAGUGGAGAUAUGGAUAAAGAUGCUUAUGCUAUUAGAUUGUUUACAGAAGCAGGAAUGCCUAUCAUUUUAGGUUAAUCAUUUGAUUAAAAUAUGGGAUUGUCAGGUUAGAGAAUUGGAUGCCUCAGUUUAGUUUGUUCUAAUGAAAAAGAAAGAGAGAUUGUUAACUCAUAACUAAAUUUGAUAGCCAGAUCUCUAUGGUCCUGUCCACCUGUUCAUGGUGCAAGAAUAGCAGAAACAGUACUUAACAACCCAAAAAUAUAUUAAUUAUGGUUAAAAGAAGUCAGACUCAUGGCAUAAAGAAUAUAAAAUAUGAGAUAUAGCUUUACAAAAGCCUUAAAAGAAUUAGGAUCACCUCAUGAUUGGUCUUACCUCUCAAAGUAAUUUGGAUUGUAUUCAUUAACAGUAAUAAAUAUAUAUUUAUUUCAUAAGGGUAUUGGACAACUUUAAAUAAAUGAAUUAAUGGAAAAAUAUCAUAUUUAUUUAUUAGAAAAUGGAGGCAUAUCGAUUGCUGGAUUGAAUGAUAAUAAUAUCAAAUAUGUAGCAAUGGCAUUCCAUGAAGUGACAAAAAACACUUAAAUAUGA